AGUUAUUGAUGGAUAUAAUUUACAUAGAUUAAAAUCCACACUUAACUUACAUACGGCCGUUUAAAUAUUAACAACCAUUAGAUUAACCUAAUCAACGGCCAAAAAUAACCUACAUUAAUCCAUCUAAAUUUAAUCUUUUAUAAGAUGAAGUAACUCCUUAGAAGAAAAGAAAGAAUUAAGAAAAGGAUUAAGAAUAAGAGACAAAAUUUCACAAUUUUCAACUCUUGUCCGCAACCCUAGAAAGAAACAACAGCGACAGAGACACAGAAAAAGAAGCAUUAACGUCACGUUGUUUUGUUGAAUGUGAGUAGUUUUUGGUAAAGCGAGAAGAUGCUGGCCAAGGGUUAUCAUCUUGGUGGGAGUACUUGGAGAGAAAUUCCAAGAAAUACUUCACCGGCUGUCUCAAAUAUUCUACGAAAGAGAGGUUUUGAUGAAUUAAACAAUCAAUAUGGAAUAAAUCCAGCAUCACUCUACACAGACUGGCGAUAUGAUCCUGAAAUGGUAUUCAUCCGUGAUCAGAUAAAAACGAAAAUUUUUGAAAUCACCAGUUCUGUAUUUCAGAAUGAGCAACUUGCUCCUAUGCUGGAAUUACUGCUAUUUACCACUGCUGCUUCAAAGGAGGAAUAUAUGAACCUGGAGACGUUGAAUCAGCAUCUGCAAUCUCUAAUGGAUGCUUCUAAAAAUUAUCCCAUGCCAGAAGGGGGACUAUCUGACCGUUCUAUUGUUCAUGACCUGCCUUGUUUUCCUGAUGAUGGCUCAUCAAUCCCCCAACUCGCUGAUAUGGAUAUGCUUUAUAACUUACCUGUUUCUGGCGGUGGAAGCAAUCUGGUUUCUAACACCAGAUCAAUAAGCAACUACUUUCCUCAGCAACAGACAAAUAAUUUGGAGAUGGAUCUGAAAAAAUACAGUGAUUGUUUGGGGACUGUUCAGAAUAAUGAUUCUAUAAGUUUUCCUACUACAAUGGGAAUAUCCCUCCAAUCUGCAGAUUUAAAUUUUAAGUUCCCUCAACCUGCCUCGGUGAAUAUUUCGGAAUUUUCUAAUCAGUUUCCUGGCUUGAGGUCUUUCGUAGACUUGGAUGAUACAAUGCAAUAUCAAUCACAGAAGUUGCAUUUUCAGAAGAAUUCCACUGUAAGACAUGAUGUUAAUGAUGUCCCUUCUGGCAAUACUGAACCCAUACAAAGACCUGCCAAAAGACAUAAAAUGAUGGAUUCAGGUUUUGGUUUAUCUUCAAUUAACUAUCCAAGUUUUGAUCAAUGGAAUUGGGAGAUGUUUCAACCUCAUUCUUCUCAAACGGAAGUGCAGCAACAAUCAGAAUUUCCCCUCUCUUCUAUCCAUUAUGAGGGCAACGGGGAACAAUUUACAAACCCUAUGUUUCAUUCUACGGGAAUUAGAGGGAUAAACAACAAUGUGAUGGCUGGUACAUUUGAACAGAUCUUGGAGGAGCCAGGCCUUGAAAGCCGUGAUGUGAUGGAUAGCAACAGCUUAAAGGAAAUUGUCGUUAACUUGAAAUCCAGGAUGCAUACUCUUGACAUGGUUCCUAUUCCUACUGAUGGAGAAGAUAUACAAGAAACAACCGCAUUCUGGACAAAUGCCAAAAAGAAAGUCGAUGAGCUAAUAGAUGAUCAAGAGAAGAUAACAAACUCCUCAAUUACAACAGUUAGUGAGAAAAGGAACUAUAUGAUUUAUGAUAUUUCUGGACAGAAUUGCGAGACUGGAAUAAGCCACUCGAAAGGAUUAGAGGCUGGUCAAAUGUCAGAUGAGCAAGACUCCAUAAGCUAUGGGAUGAUAGACAACAAAAACUCAGUGGAAGUCUACCAUAUGCCUACUCCCAGUAGUGAACUUAUUAUUAUCGAUGAUGUUGAUGAUGAAGAGGACAUACAAGGCAGAACUGGAUUCAACCAAGAGGGGAUAAAUGCUAACAAGGAAUUCAUUGAGACAAAAGACGAUCAUGAGAAGCACACCGAGUCCUCAAAUACCAAUGUGGCUGUUGAUACACUUGGAAAGACUUUCAAGACUGAAACAUUUCCCUCUAAAGGCUUAGAAGCUAGUCAGAUAUCAGAGGAGAAAGAUCUUGAAAGCCAUGGCGUGAUACACAGAAGCAAAUCAAUGGAAAUUGGCAAUGGAUCGAAUUCCAAUAUGCAUGCUCUCAUAUGUAAGGUCCCAAUUCCUAUUGAUGUUGAGGACAAACAAGACAUAAUUGGAUUCAACCAGAAGGGGACUGAUGCUAAAGUUGGUCCUGUUUCCUUGAUUGAUUUGUUCACACCAGAACAAAUAAAAGAACAUAUUAGUAGUCUGACAAAGAAACCUUUUAAGGUUGGAACUGAGGAGGAAAGAGGAAUCGAUGCAAACAUAUGCCAAUUAUGUGAAGAGAAAAAGCUUUACUUUGCACCUGUACCGAUUGUUUGUUUACGUUGUGGCAAGACCAUCAGAAAAAAUACAACAUAUUUCUGUAGAAAAGAAGAAGAAUUUGACGCACAGCGUUGCAUUUGCUCUGGGUGUUAUAGAACUUCUAAAGGUGGGCAUAUCAAAUUCAACGGGAUAUCUAUUUCUAAGGCACAUCUUGAAAAAAAGAAUAAUGACGAAUUACUUGAAGAAGCAUGGGUUGAAUGCAAUAAAUGCAAAAGAUGGCAGCAUCAAGUAUGUGCACUCUACAACAACAAAAGAGAUUUGGACCGCGAAGCUGAGUAUAUAUGUCCUUUCUGCCGCUUAAAAGAAUUUGAAAAUGGAAUACAUAAUAUUCCCUUACCAAAGAGUGCUAUUUUUGGUGCUAAGGACUUGCCUACAACCAUGCUUAGUGACCACUUAGAGAAAAGACUUUUUGAGAGUCUCAUGCAAGAGAGAGCAGACUGGAAUAAUGAUAAAGGGAAGGAGAACCCUGACAAGGUUUUAGCAGAAGAAAGUCUUUCUAUUAGAGAAGUGUUAUCUGUCGACAAAGAAUUGAAAGUGAAGAAGCAGUUUCUGGACAUCAUUCCAGAGGAGAAUUACCCUGCUGAAUUCUCUUAUAAAUCAAGAGUUAUUCUUCUGUUUCAGCAUAUUGAAGGAGCAGAUGUAUGCAUUUUUGCAAUGUAUGUCCAGGAGUUUGGCUCUGAUUGCGCCAAUCCGAAUCAGCGAUGUGUAUACAUUUCAUAUCUUGAUUCUGUCAAGUAUUUUAGGCCUGAAAGAAAUGCUGCGGGUGGAGGAGCACUUCGCACCUUCGUAUACCAUGAGAUAUUGAUUGGAUACCUUGAUUUUUGUAAGAAGCGGGGUUUCUCAACUUGUUACAUAUGGGCCUGCGCUCCUUCAAAAAAAGAGGAUGAUUAUAUACUAUACUGCCAUCCCGGAGAGCAAAAGACUCCACCGAAUGAUAAGCUACGCCGCUGGUAUCUUUCAAUGCUAAAAAGGGCCACGGAAGAAAAUAUUGUUGUUGGUUUAACGAACCUAUAUGAUCAUUUCUUUCUUCCUACUGAAGAAUCUGAUUCCAAGUUGUCAGCUUCUCGUUUGCCAUACUUUGAUGGAGACUACUGGUGUGGUUAUGCUAUGGGAGCAGCUACGGAGAUUGAAAAAGAGAGUGGAGGAGACUAUGAAAAGAUGUUGAAGAAACAAGUGCCAAAUAGAGCUUUAAAGACCAUGGGACAUGACAAUCCUUCCAGAGACACUGCCAAAGACAUCCUGGUGAUGCAAAGAUUGGGCCAGCAUAUAAUCGGCACCAGGGGAAAUUUCUUAAUAGCUCACUUGCAAUAUUCAUGCAUGCACUGCCGUGAAGUGAUAAUCUCCGGGAAGCGAUGGUUUUGCACCAAAUGUAAGAAAUUUCAGGAGUGUGAAAGAUGCCACAGUUCUGAUGUACACACUUCAAAGAAUGGCGAGGUGCAUACACUUUGUCAGGUCGUUGUCAAUGAUAUCCCCUCCAACACUAAAAAUAAUGAUGAUAUCAUCCUUGAGAGUGGAUUAUUUGAAAAUAGGAACACCUUUUUGAGUUUCUGCCAGAAGUAUCUGUUUCAGUUUGACACACUCCGCCGUGCAAAGUAUUCCUCAAUGAUGAUCCUCUACUAUCUAAACAAUCCUACUCUGGUGACUGUUGGAACAUGUAGCAUUUGUUGUGCAUACAAUGUAUUCCAAGAGUGCUGGAAAUGUGAGAUUUGUCCAGAAUGUACCAUUUGCUCUGCUUGCUAUAAGGAUAGAGGUGCUGACUGCCACGUACACAAGUUGACUCAUAAUGACCAGAAGUUGACUCAAAAUGAACACAAGUUGGCUCAAAAUGAACACAAGUUGGCUCAAAAUUAUUCAACACCACUAUGUCAAUCUGGAAAUCAGGAAUUAAAUGAAACAUUGAUGGUGAAACUGCUGGAUGUUUUGAAGCAUGCAUCUCAAUGUCACGCAACAAAAGCUGAACCAUGCUCUUAUCCAAACUGUUCUCAAAUCAAGAAGCUGUUUUCUCAUGCCAGUAAAUGCGAAAUUCGAGUAAAUCAAGGCUGUCAGCUUUGUAAAAAGACAUGGUUUAUACUAACUGCUCACUCCCGGAAUUGUGAAGACUCAGAAUGUAGAAUACCACGUUGCAGGGAUCUGAAGAAGCAUGAAGAAAUGAGAACAAUGCAUUCUGCCUCUUAGCGUGGAGCUAAAGUUGUUGAAAGCGAAGUUGCAGUCGUUGAUCAAUGAAUCUUUGUGAAUAUAUACGGUUCACAGUCAACAACAAUAAGCUACAAUCCAGCUUUCAAAUAAUUGGUUAAUAAGCUUAUCGAAAUCGUCGAUUUAAUAAGUUGGUUAUAAGCAGUCAAUGUGUAGCAACACAUUGUCAAUUUUUUAUAAGCUUCGAUGAAACAUAAUUAGUUUUUGUUGAAGCUUUAGUAGAAAGGAAAACAGUUAAUCAUAAGUGUUGAGAUUUUCAUCUUU